AGAAGGGAGACUGAACUGAAUAGGAAACAUCAAUCAGGCACAAUGGAAGACAAAAGACAGAAGGAUAGCGCUGCUUCUUCUUCAGGAGCAAAGCUGCAGUUCCCUGUUAGCAAAGUAGAACACCUUCUUCAAGAAAGAAACCUUUCCAAAAACCUGAACUCUUCUACGCCUGUUUUGUUUACGGAUAUGCUCAAUUAUGUGACAUCCAGCAUUCUUGAGCUGACUGUCAAGGAGUGCCGCACUAGCUGCAACAAACUCAUUGCCCCAGAGCAGAAGUCCAAGUCAAUUAAUAACAUCGAUGAUCUCUGCCAGCUCUUCAAGGAUAGCCAGUAUUUGGCUGAUGAGACUCCAGGACGCGACGGACGAGACACCAAGAUCCAAUAAGACAACAGGACUUGAUGAGGUACCAAGACCCGAUGCCAAGUGAUAUUUGCAUCUCAGAGGCUGGACGUCCAUCUUAAAAUCUCAGAUCAACCUCAAUGACUCCCUUGUUGGUGGAGGGGGGGGUUAAUCAGACAUUUUAUUAAAGUGUCUA